AGUAAACUAUUUACAAGUAAAAUUCAUAAAUUUGAAAAUCUACCCGAACCAAAAAAUGCAACAGAAGCAUUUUAUAUCAGUAGAUCAAAUGAUUUUAGUCUUUCUGAUAAUACUAGUAAUCAUAGUAAAUCAAGUAAAAUUAACUUUAAAGAUAAUGAUAGUAAAGAAUCAUCCAGAUUAUUUAAAAAAUUGAAAAUGGAGAAUGUAGACGUACAAAAUGACUAUGAUAAGAGAGAAAUAAUGCAACAACGAUCAAAUAUUAGUAUUAAUGAUGAAGUACAAAAUAAUCCAAAUCUUCAUUCAGAAGAUAAAGAUAAAACUCCCGAUGGUUUGUUUAUAAUUUAAACGGAUUUUAAAUUAAUUUAAUUCAUUUUCAAUAUUUAUUAAAUUAUUUAAACACUGAGAUUAGAGUAGUAAAAAAAGAUUCUUAGUUUGUAAUUUAAAUAAUUCAAUUCUCUAUUUUUUUUAAUAGGACUUUUCAA